AUGCUGAAGCCCCAACAAACACCUUUUAGAGAUAUAGUCUCCCUCGACGGGAUUUGGAAGUUUGCUCUCGGUUCCAGCGAUAAUGAGACGGCGACACCCUGGACAGCUCCAUUAGCCACCGAUCUGGAGUGUCCCGUUCCAGCCUCUUAUAACGACAUCUUUGUCGAUCGUCAGAUCCAUGACCAUGUCGGAUGGGUUUACUACCAGCGCCAAGCUAUUGUCCCCAGAGGCUGGUCACAGCAGCAAUAUCUCGUGCGGGUUGAUGCCGCCACACACAAAGGUCGUAUCUAUAUAAACGACCAUCUAGUCGCCGAGCAUGUGGGCGGCUACACACCUUUUGAAGCAGAUAUCACGAGUCUUGUCUCUGCUGGUGACAGCUUCCGACUGACUAUCGCUGUCAAUAACGUGCUGACUCACGAGACUAUUCCGCCAGGCAGGAUAGAAGUAUUGGAAUACACAGGUAAAAAGACGCAAGUCUACCAGCAUGAUUUCUUCAAUUACGCGGGACUUGCGCGCUCCGUCUCGCUGUAUUCUGUUCCGAAGCAGCACAUCCAGGAUAUCAAAGUCGUCACGGACGUGAACGGCGCAACCGGGCAGAUAAAAUACCUCGUCACGGUGACCAACGCGACUACAGAGCGCAUCAAGAUCGACGUGGUCGAUGAGGACGGCAGAACUGUGGCCGAAGCUUCAGGUACUCAUGGUAAUGUUACAAUAGACUCUGUCAGGCUGUGGCAGCCGGGAGAUGCAUAUCUGUAUCAAUUUCGGGUGAGCAUCGUGGGCUUGGACGACAGUAUACUUGACACUUAUAGUGUUGCGACGGGCGUACGUACAGUCAAAGUCAGCGGUAACAAAUUCCUCAUCAACGACAAGCCGUUCUACUUCACCGGCUUUGGGAAGCACGAGGACAGCAAUGUGCGCGGCAAAGGCUAUGACGCAGCGUACAUGGUGCACGAUUUCCAGUUGAUGAAUUGGAUGGGAGCCAACUCAUUCCGCACCUCGCAUUAUCCGUACGCCGAAGAGGUCAUGGAAUUUGCGGACCGGCACGGAAUCGUUGUCAUUGACGAGACGCCCGCCGUUGGCCUGGCGUACUCCAUUGGGGCUGGAGUUUCUAGCGAAGACAGCCCACAGACAUUUACCCCGGAAGGGAUCAACAAUAACACCCGCGAAGCUCACAAGCAAGCAAUCCGGGAGCUCAUUGCUCGGGAUAAGAACCACGCCAGUGUUGUCAUGUGGUCGAUUGCAAAUGAGCCUGCAUCACAAGAAGCAGGAGCCCGUGAGUAUUUCACGCCACUCGUUGACCUGGCCCACGAGCUUGACUCAGAUCGCCCCAUCUGUUUUGCAAAUUACGGAGACGCCACAUAUGAGGUGGAUCGAAUCUCGGAUAUGUUUGACGUCCUCUGCCUCAACCGCUAUUUCGGGUGGUAUUCGCAAACCGGUGAGAUUGAGGAGGCGGAAGCGGCUCUCGAAACAGAGCUAUUGGGCUGGGAGGGCAAAUACGACAAACCCAUCGUCAUGACAGAAUACGGGGCGGAUACCUUGGCUGGCCUCCAUUCGGUGCUUGGGCUUCCGUGGAGCGAGGAGUUCCAGGUCGAACUGCUCGACAUGUACCAUCGAGUGUUUGACCGUGUCGAAUCAGUGGUGGGAGAGCACGUUUGGAACUUUGCGGACUUUCAGGCGGUCGUAGGGGUCGGCAGGGUGGACGGGAACAAGAAGGGGGUCUUUACCAGGGAUAGGAAACCAAAGGCUGCAGUUCAGACUCUGAGAAGUCGAUGGAGUCAAUUGUAG